AGCUCUAAGGUAGACACGUGGCUUCAUGCAACCGAACCACCAUAUUGCAUCCAUUUUCUAUAAUCCAACAUUCUAUCCUAUAUUAUCAAACACACAUAAAUAAAUCCUUAAAACAGCAAACAUGAGUUCCGAUAUCGGAGCGUGGCACGACGGCGGCGGUGGAAGCUGGACGAGCCCUUUAUUCAGCAUGCCCUUUUCUUCCGAUCCAUGGGAUCCUUGGGACUACUACGGCGGAGGCAGCGAAGACGCCGCCGCUCUGGCCCAUUGGCGCGAAACAGACAGCGCCCACAUCUUCCGCCUCGAUCUCCCUGGGGUGAGGAAAGAGGACGUGAAGGUGCAGGUGGAGGAUGGCAACUUUCUGCAUAUAAGUGGGAAGACAAGUGUGGAGAAGGAUAAAUGGCACAGGGUGGAGCGCAGCCGCGGGAGAUUCCGGCUGCCGGAAAAUGCUGACGUGGAGGGAAUAAAGUGCGGGUUGGAACAUGGAGUGCUCACGGUGGAGAUGGCCAAGAAGGAGCUACGUGCACCAACAUAGAAAUCUGCGAUAUAUGAAUGUCACCUCAACUUUGUGUGUGUAUUUUACGUAGGUAGU